AUGUUCUGCAUCAUCGCCUCCUCGUGCGCAAGGGAAAAUCCAUUUGGUCUGGAGGCCUAUGUGUGCCAGAGCCACCGUCGGGGCAUAUAUAUAUCUUUUUGGCUUUCGGCUGGGAGGAGGCUAAGGUGCAACUUUCUUCGGUUGUCCCAAAUCUGGGUUCAUCUGACACCAGCCAGCUCCAGCGUGCCGCCCAAGUUCAACCCCAACAAGAUCAAAGUCGUGUACCUGAGGUGCACGGGUGGUGAAGUUGGCACCAUGUCUGCCCUGGCCCCCAAGAUCGGUCCCUUGGGUCUGUCUUCAAAAAAAGUGGGGGAUGACAUCGUCAAAGCAACUGGUGACUGGAAGGGCCUGCGGAUUAUUACCGUGAAACUGACCAUCCAGAACAGACAGGCUCAGACUGAGGCGGUGCCUUCUGCCUCUGCCCUGGUCAUCAAAGCCCUCAAGGAGCCGCCAAGAGACAGAAAGAAGCAGAAAAACAUUAAACACAGCGGAAAUAUCACUUUUGAUGAGACUGUCAACAUCGCCCGACAGAUGCGGCACCAGUCUUUAGCCAGAGAACUUUCCAGAACCAUUAAGGAGAUCCUGGGGACCGCCCAGUCUGUGGGCUGCAACGUGGACAGCCGGCACCCUCAUGACAUCAUAGAUGACAUCAACAACGGCCUUGUCGAGUGUCCAGCUAGCUAA